UUUUACUAUUUUUGGAAUGUUUGAGCCUCCCCUCUAUAUAUAUGUGUGUAGUUACCAAGAGAUGUCGAACCCAUGAAGCCUCUAGUCUCUCACACUCUCUAGAGCAUAUUUCCUUUGGUUAAUCAACCCGUUACAGAAAAACAUAACAAAAAAAAGGGUCUGUGCCUUUUUCUUUCUCUGUUCAAAAAUGGGAGUUCAAUUGAUGGGGAUUACCCAUGCCAAACAAAAACUCCAAAGAAGUCUUUCAGCAAAAAUUGCUGGUGUUUUGGCCACUUCUAAUGUUCCAAGAGGCCACAUUGCUGUCUAUAUUGUUGGAGAAGGCUACAGAAAGAGAUGUAUUAUUCCAAUAGCAUACUUGAACCAUCCUUUAUUCAAAGGCUUGCUAAAUCGAGCUGAGGAGGAGUUUGGAUUCGAUCAUCCAAUGGGUGGUCUCACAAUACCUUGCAGUGAAGAGUGCUUCGCUAGCCUCACUUCGUUUCUAAGUACAACUUCAUAAAUGUUAAAGCCACAAAAUCACUUACUAUAUAUGGUUUUUGUUGGCUCAUUCAUCGUUCUUCCCCACGUAAGUUUAAGCAAUUCGAGACAACAAGUCUGUCUCUUCAAUUUUUUUG